AUGUCAACAGUUGCCACCGGAAGAUGGCCUGCUUUCAAGUUGGGCCCGGCAUACCAGCAGAUAGUGAUCCCUCGAUUUGUCAAAACUGGCAGGAAUGGAUCAAAGAGCAAAAGUCGAUUGCGCCUCUUCUACUGUUCUUGGGUGCUAGACUGCCAGCACAACUGGUUUUGGGCCCUCCCCAUCACAAUUCCCAUCGAGUUCCUUCAGUUUCCAAUGCCGUCACAUGAGUCUACCUGGAAUGCGUCGUCUUCCGUUGAAUGGCAACAUAGUCUCAGAAAUGAUCCAGGUUCACACCCCUCUGCCCCUCUCCGCGAGAGGCCCUCGGAACCUCACCGCACCCGAUCGCCACUACAGCUAGGUGCAUUCAAUACUCUUUUACUGGCGAUGGGUGUGUACUGCGAUGCUCCGCGGCUACGCCAUACCAUCUUAUACAUGGAUCUUCUCCGGCAAUAUGCGGAAAUAUUACCUCCAACGAAUCUGACCCGUGUCGCUUUAGAUCAUAUUCACCUGGCCUCCAUAUUUCUUUACAUACCAGCCAGGGAGCUUUUUGCCUUCUCGGGAUGGCAAGUGUCGGCGGCCCAGCAGGCUAAAAUUGCCACGAAGCUUGAAAAAUGGAUGCACAACCAGAGUGAGGCCCUGGUCGAGCUUCAACACAGGCAUGAUUCCAAGGAGUCAGAUUAUAUGCCAACAGUGCGAUUAGAUAGAGGUAGUACUGAUGUGACGGUAUGGGCGACAAGCACUGCAGUAAAACGCCUGUACUUGGGUGGCGUGGGGUGCUUGUGGGAUGGGACUGCUAUUGAGAGACUGCUAAGAGUGACCGCAGGGAUACUAGAGGGAGGCAUGGCUUGGCCACAGGCUCAGGUCGCCGCACCGGCCCUGGGACAGCAUUAUUAUUCAUGGCAGCACAUGCGUCAAAAAACAGCAGUGCCAGGUCAACCCUAA